CCGCCGCCGCCCGCCCACUAGAGCUUCCCCUCUGCCUUCAAACGCCGGUGUCGCGCUGUGGUGAAAGGUGCAGCCGCUCCCAGCAUGGCUCUACUGUGCCGGCGCCUUGCGUGCCUGCUGCUGCUCUGCGGCUGCCUCUGUCCUGCCGCUCUCGCCGGUCUUUACUUCAGGGAAGGGCAGCACUGCUACAAGCCGGCCCCGCGCAAGGCCCCCGGACUGAGGACCUACCCCCGCCCGCACGAGUACCUGGAUGUGUCUGCGCUGCCCCAGAGCUGGGACUGGCGGAACGUGAACGGCAUCAACUACGCCAGCACCACUCGAAACCAGCACAUCCCGCAGUACUGCGGGUCCUGUUGGGCGCACGGCAGCACCAGCGCCUUGGCAGAUCGAAUCAACAUAAAGAGGAAAGGUGCAUGGCCUUCUGCUUAUCUCUCUGUUCAGAACGUCAUUGACUGUGCUGAUGCAGGAUCCUGUGAGGGUGGAGACCACUCAGGUGUUUGGACGUAUGCCCAUGACCAUGGCAUCCCAGAUGAGACCUGCAACAACUACCAAGCUAAGGAUCAAAAGUGUAAGAAGUUUAACCAGUGUGGAACUUGUGUUACUUUUGGAGAAUGCCACGUGAUAAAGAACUACACUCUCUGGAAAGUUGCUGACUAUGGGUCUGUCAGUGGAAGAGAAAAAAUGAUGGCAGAAAUUUAUACUAAUGGACCAAUUAGCUGUGGCAUAAUGGCUACUGAAAAGUUGGAUGCUUACACUGGAGGACUUUACACAGAGUACAACCCUUCACCUGUGGUCAAUCACAUUGUAUCUGUGGCUGGCUGGGGUGUAGAAAAUGGCACAGAAUACUGGAUUGUUCGUAACUCAUGGGGUGAACCCUGGGGUGAAAGAGGGUGGCUGAGAAUUGUGACAAGUGCAUAUAAAGGUGGAAAAGGAGCUGACUACAAUCUUGCUAUUGAAGAAGACUGUGCCUAUGGAGAUCCUAUACUUCCUUGAGUCUGUAUUGUACAACUACAUCUUUAUGUUAGGAACUACUUGGUUUGGAACCUUCCCAACACAACCUUUUUCUGUUUAAGAAAUAGUAUUCUAAAAUGCUUUCAUGGUUCAACACUAUCAGGCAGCUCAGCAAAAGUAGCUCAGAGUAACACACACUGCCUUCACAGUAAAUACAGAGCUGCCUGUAGAUAUAUUACCUUUAAGUUGUAAAUAAUUACCAAUAAAAAAAGUUGUCUGCCUGGAUGCAUACAUACUGACUUAAAACACAAAACCUGUUUAUAUUAAAUCUAUUUUUAAAUCACAAUUUCUGUAGACUGACAAAAAACAAGACAGUAUACUCAAUAUUGAGUUUUCUGACCGUACUGAGCAACUCUCUCAACAUGAUGUAAAUGGAAAAAACAAAGCUAAAUGUGGACAUAAAUUCAAAAACUUAAUCUGCUGUUGUUUCAUUGGCCUCCUAGUGAAACAAUGCUAUUAGAAGUAUCACGUAACACGGUUGUUUUUAAUUCAGCAGGAAUUGCUUUGAUCAAAACACAAAGUUUAGACACACUUUAGGUAUUUAAUUACUUGUCUCUGCUCAAAUUCCUUGUUUUAAUAUGUAGAUGGCUGUGCCAUUUUUAAAGGGACAAAGUCUAAAUUGCCACAAAACACAGCCACUUGCUAAGUGGCAAAUCAGUGCCAUAUCGAAUGUUAUUAAACUGGCAUUGUUAAUUGCAUUUAAUAAAUGAACUUUUACAUGA